AUGUGCAAAUAUUUAUUUUUUGAACAAUUUGAUUCUCAACAACCUAUCAAGGAGAUUAGUAAUGAGGACAUUGAUUUCAUUCUACCAGAUACUGAUACAGAUCCAAUAUCGGAUUCUCCUGUAUCUAUUCAUAAUGAUUUAAUUUGGACUGAACGUCAAAUGAAAGUAAAACAAGCUUUCAAGCAUGCAUGGGACGGUUAUGUUCGUGAUGCUUGGGGUAAUGAUGAAUAUCAUCCAAUUUCUCAUAGAGGUUCUAAUCUAUCCAGAUCUGGAAUAGGUUUUACUAUCGUAGAUUCCCUUGAUACACUUUUAUUAAUGGAGCUUAAAGACGAGUAUGAAUAUGCUCGUAAUUGGGUUGCUAAUUCUUUGGACUUUAGUAUAGAUGGUGAAGUAAAUGUUUUUGAAACAACAAUCCGAGUUCUUGGCGGUUUACUUAGUGCCUAUCAUUUAUCUGGUAAUGAUAUGCUUUACCUUGCCAAAGCAGUCGAUUUAGGUGAUCGUCUACUUGGUGCUUUCUCUUCACCGUCAGGAAUUCCUUAUGCUUCAGUAAAUUUGGCUACUCGAGAAGGGAUCGUGGCCCAUUUUAAUGGUGGUGCAAGUUCAACCUCUGAAGCAACUACUUUACAAUUAGAAUUUAAAUAUUUAAGUUAUAUUAGUGAUAAUUAUGUGUAUUGGGAUAAAUCGCAAAAUAUUAUGCUUACCGUAGAUAAUCUUAAAAAAUACGAUGGCUUGGUACCUAUAUAUUUAAGCCCAAAUGAUGGUAAAUUCUGGGGUGGAAGAAUAACGCUGGGCGCUAGAGGUGACAGUUAUUAUGAAUACCUCUUGAAGCAAUUUAUUCAAACCUCUUACACUGAAUAUUUUUAUCGUCGAAUGUACGAUGAAGCUAUCAAAGGUGUAAAAACACAUCUCAUAGAUUAUUCAUAUCCUUCUGGGCUUUUAUAUAUUGGUGAACUAUCUGGUUCUGGUGAUGAUAAUCUUAGCCCAAAAAUGGAUCACCUUGUGUGCUUUAUGGGUGGAAGUUUAGCUCUUGGUGCUACAAAAGGUCGAAAAGUAUAUGAUAUUCAGGACGAUAUGUCCGAUAAUGAUUUGGAGGAUCUUGAUAUAGGAAAAGAAUUAACAAAAACAUGUGUCGAAAUGUAUCUCAGUACUAAUACCGGUUUAGCUCCAGAAAUAGCUUAUUUCUCUACAUCUGAAGAUGCAACCACUGACAUAAUUAUAAAACCGCUCGAUAGUCAUAAUUUGUUGCGUCCUGAAACUGUUGAAAGCUUAUUCAUACUUUGGAGGCUAACUGGUGAUGUCCAAUAUAGGCAUUGGGGAUGGAAGAUAUUCCAAGCUUUUGAAAAAUAUGCUAAAUUAGAUGAGGGUGGAUAUACUUCAUUAGAUGAUGUUACCAUCGUACCACCUGAAAGACGUGAUAAGAUGGAAACUUUUUGGCUGGCAGAAACAUUAAAAUAUUUCUAUCUUUUGUUUGGUCCUGACGAUUUAAUACCAUUGGAUAAAUAUGUGUUUAAUACAGAAGCACACCCAUUUCCGAUAAUCUCACCAACAUCAAAGGAUAUACAAGCUAGAAUUAAGAAAAUGCCAUAUUAA